CAACAUGCGAGACCAGGACACUCCCAUUGCGUUGCGUCGCAGCCGGCGCGUAAAUGCGAAAUCGGCAUCCCCUCCAGCCGCCAUGCCCUCACCUCCCAUGACUCCUCACAGGAGAAAGAGCCGCUUCUGCUGUUCUGAUCCCGGCCCCUCCUCCAUCUCAAGCGGUCUCACGCCAAUGGUUCGCCGCACAUACCUUGCCGAAACGCCAAAAGGUCGACGGCUCGUCAACAUCACGCCCAGCAGCCCAACGACUCCACGAACAAAGAGGCAAUCGGACGCGGGCGGCGGCGGCGGCGGCGGCGGCGGUGACCUCAAUCUUCACCAGACCAUUGACGGCCGCGUGGAGCGUCGCAUACGGCGCAAUGGCCUCCGGGACAUGCUCCACAGGAUGGAGCAGGAGAAGCGGCGCACAGAGCAGUCGGCGCAGACGCAGAUCGACAGGCUCAGGGCCGAGGUCAGGGCGCGAGACAGGGAGAUUUAUGAGCUGCAGAAUGCAACUGUGGUCAUGGACACGGAGCGGAUAUGGGGCCUGGAGCAGCAGGUUCGCAAGCUCAAGGGCGAGCUUGCGAAGAGGAGCCUGGUUAAAAAAGAGGAAGAAGCCACUCAGUACUAUAGCUGGGCGGAGCCGUCGAUUGAGGUAGCGAGAGACGAUGAGAUGGAUAUGACGGUAGACGAGCCACGAUUCGGCGGCAACGAGGCUGUCGUGCGGGUAAAGACGAGCCCGUCGAGAAGAGCAAGGUCAUCCUUCUUGACUCCGCCUCCGACAAGUCCGACUGUGGCUGCAUCUCCAUGCUACAGGGAAGCCUCCCCGUCGCCGUCCUCUCGCCAUCCACAUAUGGAAUUCCGAGAGCCAGAGACGGAGCAGUUGGAAGAAGAGAUCGAGUCCUUGCAGUGCAAAGUACAACAAUUGACGGCAACUCUGGACUCGUACACUGCGCUAUGUGGACGAAUCGGCAAAACGCUAUCGAAUGGCUCUGUCAAGAGAAAAGCCGUCUCUUCCUCUGAGGGAAUAGAGAAGCAGGUCCAGCUGCUCGUGCAAACCGUGUCCGACCGAGCGGCUGCGGCUACACAACUCACGUCUGCCAUUGGCGAGCUGGGCUUCCCCGGUAAUGAUGCGAGCGAGAUGAUUGCGUCAGUCGCGGCUGGAUUUCGGGAUGCUCUUCUUGAAUUUGUCUAUCUCACGCCGCCAGGCGAGGUGACGCUGCCGCUUAGUCGUCCUCGUGGCGCAGAGGUGCUCGAUCUGCUGUUGACGCGGUUGAGGGCCUUGACGAAGAAGUCUAGGGAAGACGAAGAUGCUAUCGACGAGUAUCAUGAGAUUGAGCAGUCGUUACGCAAGGAGCUCGAUUCCCGGGCGUCUGUCAUCGCCGAGCUUGAGAAAGUGGUGGAGAGGAUGGAGAGAAACUGGCAGGACUCGACGUAUGCGCAUGCCGUUCAGCAACAGCUGAGCCACGAGUCGCUCACAGCUCAGAGUGCCAUCAUCGCGGAGCUGGAAGUCGUGAUCGAAGAAGAAAGGAAGAACGCAAAGGAUGCUAUGGAUUCAAUGAAGGGAGAGCUGCAGCGAGUCUUGCGCUUGAGUCAGAGCUUCCUCAAUUCAACUGCUGGUGAAGCAGGUCAUAGCAGACAAAACACCAUGAGGUAG